GCCCAACUCCGCAGCCCCGCCCCGCGCAGAACAGCCGGCUCUGGCCCCGCGCUCCGGUCCUAUGAGGCAGAAUUCAGAUGGAUCCCUCUCGAAGAUGAUGCAGAGAUGGAAAGAGUACCAGCUUCAGUGCCUGAAGUAUUUCUAUGAGGCUCCCCCUGUUGUGGCAGAAGGCAAGUUUUGCAACAGGACCUUUGACAACUAUGCCUGCUGGCCUGAUGGGCUGCCUGGGACCUUUGUGAAUGUGAGCUGCCCUUGGUAUCUCCCUUGGGCCAGCACAGUGCUUCAAAGACAAGCUUACCGCUUCUGUACUAGUGAGGGCACUUGGCUGCUGAAGGAGAAUUCAACCCUGCCCUGGAGGAACCUUUCUGAAUGUGAGGCAGCCGACAGGGAUGCGCCAGAGGAACAGCUUCUAUACCUGUCACUCAUAUACACUACUGGAUAUGCUCUUUCCUUCUCUGCCCUUGUAAUAGCAACUGCUAUUCUUCUUGGAUUCAGGCAUCUGCAUUGCACCAGGAAUUAUAUUCACCUGAACCUCUUCACCUCUUUUAUCCUGCGUGCUGUAUCUGUCUUCAUUAAGGACUCUGUGUUGAAAUGGAUGUAUAAGACAGCCACUCAAGAGCACCAGUGGGAAGGCCUUAUCUCUUACCAGGAGUCACUCAGUUGCCGCCUGGUCUUUGUGAUGAUGCAGUAUUGUGUGGCUGCAAACUACUACUGGCUGUUGGUGGAAGGCAUGUACCUGUAUACGCUCCUGGUUCUUUCGGUCUUUUCUGAGCAACGAAUCUUUCGGCUUUUCCUCUGCAUUGGCUGGGGUGUGCCAAUGCUGUUUGUUAUCCUCUGGGGAACUGUCAAGUACCUUUAUGAAGAUGAGGGUUGUUGGAGCAGAAAUUAUAACAUGAAUUACUGGCUGAUCAUCAGACUGCCCAUUCUGAUUGCUAUUGCGGUGAAUUUCCUGAUCUUUAUCAGAGUUAUAUGCAUUAUCAUUUCCAAACUGCAAGCAAAUUUGAUGUGCAAAACUGACACAAAAUGCCGAUUGGCCAAGUCUACACUGACCCUGAUCCCACUGCUGGGGACCCACGAGGUCAUCUUUGCAUUUGUCACAGAUGAGCAUGCCAGAGGGAUGCUGCGCUUUGUGAAGCUCUUUACUGAACUCUCCUUCGCCUCCUUUCAGGGGCUGAUGGUUGCUAUUCUCUACUGUUUCAUCAAUAAUGAGGUUCAGAUGGAGUUUCGGAAGAGCUGGGAGCGCUGGAGACUGGAACAUUUUUAUGUCCAGAGAGACAGCAGUAUGAAACCACUGAAGUGCCCAGGCAACAGCAUCAGUAGUGGAGGCACAGUGGGCAGCAGUGUCUAUACUGCGACUUGCCAAGCCACAUUCAGUUAAGAUUACUACAGUCAAAAAUAGAAAUGAAUCAGAUCAGUCUGAAAGAAGUGUAAGACGCACCUGAAAACUCUUAAAUGUCCAGGCAAGCAGCUUUUUUUAUGCCUUCUGAAGCCAGCAACUUAAGCAAGCAUGUGUUGCUUAUUGCUGCAGGCGGCUGGACAAAGGUUUCUAGGGAAAGCAAUCUGCUAAUGUAAUCAACGCAUCAGAGGAAAAAUUGAUCAUGUCUAAAGUAAGUUUAAAGAGUUUCUUCCUAUUAACACACAAGGCCUCCAGGUGUCCAAAACUUUAGUGCUCCAUUGAUCUGGCCACAAACCAUAGGGUCAAUGGCUUAUUACUGUAGGUGGGUGAGCUGAAUGAUCUGCUGAUUCAAUUACAAAAAUACAGAACAUGACUAUUGACAAAAAAACAUGUUUAGGUUUCUACUAGGAAAGGAUGAGAUGCUCACCAUUUUUAGGAAGAAGUACCUGUAAAGCAUGAACAUAUUUCUCUCUGGUACGAUCACUUGGUUUAAAUAAUAUUCUUAUGGCAAAAGCAUCCCAAAUUUAUGGUUGGAGAUUGUGCAGCUACUUAACAGAGUAGAGGCAUUGAAGGCCUAGUUUGCUAUAACUGGGAUGGGUAAUGGGCUGCCUCUUUAGCACAUUUCUGAAUUUGAGUCACUUGGAGAAUCAUCAUCUGUAAAGAGUAGGGACCUAUUCUGUUAAUGGGUGUGUGUCCUUUCCAUUAACACUGAUGGGGUUAGAACUGCAUGCAUAACCCUUAGCUUUUACAUAGCACUUGGCACCUUCAAAUAGCUGUACAAAUAUUAACUUAGGGAUAGAAGUAAUGAGUUGUGCCUCCACGCAAGUGGCUGACAAUGGAUAACCUUUUUUGUGGAAGGUAUGCUUUGCGUCCUGUGGGUAUACACACGCAUCCAUCAUCUUGUGGCCGCUACACCUUACUAAACUUCAUUUUGAAAUCAUGGGAGCCCCAGCAGUUUGUAGCGUAUUUUCAUUUUUCUUGUCUCUAAUCUUGCUCGUUUUCUCUGCCAGGCUUCUUUUUUUCAGUGGCAGAAACUAAGAUUUACUGAGUAUAUUCAGCACAGAGGACAGCUCCCUGACCUCCUUUUCUGCUUGUGUUACUCACCUUAAUGCUGUGAACUUUAGAAUCUCAGCACUUAAAAUUUUGCAAGCCAAAAUGAACUAGUAAAACUGUUUAUGUAAAUACAAAAGCUUUUUUUCCUACAGUGGGUGAAGUCAGUUGAGAGGCCCCUUCAAGGUGCUAAUUGUCCUUUAUUCCUACUAAAUUCCAGUGGUUUUGAAGAUUUGAGAAAAACAAUAAGAGCUAUAUAUGCAACAGGAACUCAAGUCUGCAGGCCCAGUACUGCAACCCUAUUUUUUAGGUAUCCUGCCACAUAGUUGAGUUGACAAAAACUAGGAUGCUGUGUAGGGAUUCAUAGUUAGAUGCCUAAUUCCAAGUGAGUGUCCAUGGCUACACUACUCUUCUUGCAAAAACAUGGAAGGAGAGAUGUCAGCACCACAACGUUACAUAACUCACUUCAGAUGUAGGAGACCUAGGUUCAAAUUCUGCCUUGGCCAAAGUGCUCAUGAACCUGCUCAUGUCCUAACCACUGGACUAGAAGAUAUUUUGGGUGGGGCUUUCUGUGUGUCCUGUUGAAGUUGUUUCACAUGUUCUGCUGGGCCAUAAAAUAUCCCAUCUCAGAAUGCUUUCAAGAUGGAUGGAUAGGGAAAUCACUUGGGAAGUGAAAGACCCAAGUUCAUGUUUACUCAUGGGGUGGGAGAGGGUAUUCUACAUUUACUGUAUAUGGAGCUUGCACAUCUAACUCAGUAUCUCAAAGUUAGGUACUUUGGUGCAGCACUUUAACUUUUCUCUGAAUCUAGCCCUUGACCUCAGUGUGAUCUUGUGACCGUGAGUUCCAGGGGCUACUUAUUCACUGUAUGUAAAACAAAAAAUAGACUUUCAGCUUAAAUGAGUUGCUUUUCAAUCUCAUUGAAUGUCCCUUUCCUCCCUCACUGCAAGGAAAGUUAAGUUUAAAUCUCUUCUAUAUACCUCUACCCUCUGCACAACUCUGCCCUCUCUUUUUUGUCUCCUCUCAAAACAAAAGCAGGCUCUAGGCUCUCUUUCAAAGGGAAUUUUCUAUGCCUUAAUUUUUACCAGCCAAAUCUGAAUUCUUGAAGGCUAGCAAAGACUGAGGAACUUCAGAGAAACUUAAUAAAAGUACUAACUAAAGCUGCAACAUGUGCUUUUAGUGCUUGGGUGAGCAAGAAAGGAUUCCUGGAGUAGGGUCAAAGCUAGGUGAAUAGACAGCAUGAUUGUAGACAGAAUUCACAACUGACAAAUGCAAGAUGUGUGUUGGAAGCAUUUUUACUGGUGCAUAUUACUGGCUUCUAAAUUAAUGGUAACUUCUGAAGUAAGUAUUAUGGUGGUGCUACACUAUUCAUUUUUUUGUUUUGUUUGUUUUUUUUAAGUUUGGGAUGAUCGGGAAAUGGGAUUGAAAAAUUGUAAUGUUAUGUCACUGUUUAAGGUCAUGGAGAGAUGGUUACAUUUGCAGCCCUACAAGUGCCACUGCACUUGGAAGCACUACAAAAGAUGUGAAGACACAUAAGGCACUCCUGCUGAGCCCCCAACCUGAAGCACUACAACGUGGAUGAGAAGGCAUGCAGUACCAUGCUGUCCAUUCAGAGAGUGUGAUAUAGGGAUGCUCAGCCCUGUGACUUUUCUCAGGCUUCCCCACCCAUUGUAGAGGAAAAACUCAGUGAAUGUGCAGUAGUUUGGUCCCCCCAGUACUGCAGCUCUGCUUUCUAAGGGGCACGAUGGACCACAGGCUGUCAGUGGUCAUGUGGCAGCCCCAGAUCCAGUCUUGUAGCUCAGUGAUUCUCAACCAGGGUACUUUGAGCUCCUUUAAAUGUGCAGCAAGUUGAUACUCAAUACUAGGAUUCUUAGGUGUGCAAACAUGAUUCACAAGAUUUCAUAGAUUUCAUAGACAUUAGGGCUGGAAGGGACCUUGGAAGAUCAUCGAGUCCAGGCCCCUGCCCCAGGGGCAGGAAGUCAGCAGGGAUCAUAGGAUCCCAGCAAGAUAAACAUCCAAAUGUCUCUUGAAGGCAUUCAAAGUAGGUGCUUGAACCACCUCCGGCGGCAGUCUAUUCCAGACCUUGGGGGCUUGGACAGUAAAGAUGUUCUUCCUGAUGUCCAGCCUGAAAUGGUCAUGGAGGAGUUUGUGACUGUUCAACCUUGUCAUCCCUUGGGGUGCUCUGGUGAAUGCUCUGGUGAAGAUAAACCCAGAGAUUUCAGAUAGGACUUCACAGUGACAAAACCAUUCUGACCUGUUGUGUUUUUCUGAGUUUUUUGCAACAGUUUUUUGCUGUGUUAUUUUUCUGUAGUCAAAAAUGAGUGAAAACUAAGAGCUGGAAUUUUCCAAGAUGUGCAUUGAGUCUAACCAGUUUUAGAACCACAGCUAGAGUGCUGCUGCCAUUUUUGUAGUGCUUUAGGAGGCAUGCGCAUCUGUUCACCCAAUUUUUGUAGUGCUACAAAUACAACAUCUGUCCGUAGCCUAACUCAGUAAUAUAUCUGGUUAGGAAUAGCAUGUUUAUCUCUGAUCAGUUCCUUUCAAAAGAAAUGGCAGAGAUCCAGAGACGGGUAAGGAUCUACCUAACUCACAGAGUGUGAAAGAGAUUUCGCAGCCUUUUCAUGGUGAGCCCACCCCUCACUACUGAUUGCCUGAGAAGAUUGUCCAUUGUGCAGACCCACUCUUGCUGCUGAUUGGCAGAGAGGGGGCGGGACCCUGCAAUAGGCAGCCCUAUCCCCGUCGGAGGGUCAGGGGGGUGUUAUCUUGGCUGUUCCCUUUAGUGCCAGGUCCACUAAAGGGGAUCUCCAGCAAGGACCAUAAAUAUCUGGCUUGAUAUACCCAGUACUUCCACAAUAAAACACAAGCAAAACUUUUAAAAUCUUUUUCUGGGGGAAAAAUACAUUGACACCCCAUCAAAGUUCUCAAAGUUCUUGCUCCUUCUUCAGCUUCUCUUUAGAGGGAAAAUGUAUUAACCUCUAGUAGAUUAACUAGUUUUGUGAGAACCUACUAGUGAAACAGUUACAAUGGAAAAAAAAUCCUCAAGCCAGUUGUUUAGCUGGGCUAUCAGAAAAAUAUUUACGCUAAUUUAGUAUGUCACUUGAAACCCACGUUUUUCAGACAAGUUGUAGAUUGGUUUUCGCACCAUGCUUGACCUGCGUUUCCAAGAAAACCCUUUGAAACUGUCUUCUUGCUGCCUAUGCUUUAAAAAGAUCUGUAGUAACUUUUUAAACUGCACUUUUAACAUAAAUGCUCAAAAUAGGUAAGGCAACCCCAUGAAUUGGAACAGAUGAGCCAUGUGCAUGUGUGUUUCUUGUGCCUUGCAGCAACAUGCUCACUUGUGGUUAUGUUUUAAAGUUGGGGUGGGUGGGGGGAAUAGGGUGGCCUGGGCUUUAACUCACCCCCAAAAUUAUGUAGCUAUGGUUUAUAGGAAGCAAAAGCUUCAUUUCCAUCCUUGCUGCUACGAAAAAAGUUUUAAUGAAUGUUUAAAAGUUCACUUAUGUUUUAAUGGUGUUUCUUUACAUGUAUUUCAUGUAAAAAAAUAAAAUAAGGAAGUUACAAAAUAAGUACUUAAAUACUGUAUAAACUGUUUGUACAGUAAAUAGAUGUACAUUUUUUUCCUUGUAAGAAAAGUCACAUUUGUCACAUAAAAUUGUCAUUA